CCUCACGCAGGAUACCGCAACUAGUCACCUCCGGAGCGCAGCUCAGUUCCCCUCAAACUGCUCAUCUCCUUCUCUUCCUCACUGUCUCUCUUGCAACUUCGGAUCAACAAUUGGUGACUGUGUGAUUGGAGAGCGUCCCCCCCAGCCUCCCCCAGCCCUGAACACAGUCAUUAUCAUGCCUCCCCAAGCUGGAGCGCCUCCUCUCCCAUCCUGCGUUAGGAUGCAGGCGGUAAAUGUGCGGGACCGAGCGGAUGUGCGGUGAAGUGGGGAGGAUUGACGCGCACCUUGAGGGAGCCGCUGUCCUCUCCGACAGGUGAUCACCGCAGCUGGGCUCCGACUUCUGCGCAAAGUGCGUUUUUUUCUUUUUUCCGAGCUUGAAUGUGCAACUAUUUGGGACCAAACGCAGAGAGCGUCUAACAUGUGGAGCUGAAAGGCAUCGGGAAGACUUCAGUGAGGAUGAGGAAAAGCAGACGUCGUGCAAGUAUGGGUCUCUCUGUGCUUUUCAGUUGGCUUAUAUUCACAGUGGUGAUACCCACCUGGCUGCUCGCAGCUCCAAGCGGCAUCCGGGAGCGCCGCUGCCCCUCCAGCUGCAGAUGUGAUGGGAAAAUAAUCUACUGCGAAUCGAAUGCCUUUCGCGACGUGCCAAACAACGUGUCCGUGAGCACGCAGGGCCUCUCCCUCCGCUACAACAGCCUGGUGAACCUCAGGGCCCGCCAGUUCGCAGGCCUCAGUCAGCUGGUUUGGCUCUACCUCGACCAUAAUUACAUCAACUCCGUGGACGGCCAGGCCUUCCACGGGAUCCGCAGACUCAAGGAGCUGAUUCUCAGCUCCAACAAGAUCACGCAGCUGAAGAACAACACGUUCCACGACGUCCCGAAUUUACGGAACCUCGACCUUUCCUACAACAAGCUGCAGGUUCUAAAGCCCAACCAGUUCUUGGGUCUGCGGAAGCUGCUCAGUUUGCAUUUAAGGUCAAACUCCUUAAAAACAAUCCCCAUGCGGGUUUUCCUCGACUGCCGCAACCUGGAGUUCCUGGAUAUUGGCUACAACCGGCUCCGGAGCCUGACGCGUAACGCUUUCGCCGGACUCCUAAAACUCAUCGAGCUCCAUUUGGAGCACAACCAGUUCUCAAAGAUAAACCUUGCCCAUUUCCCCCGCCUGACUAACCUGAGGGCCCUCUACCUGCAGUGGAACCGUAUCAGACUGCUAACCCAGGGCCUGCCUUGGAUGUGGACUUCCUUGCAAAAGCUGGACCUCUCAGGAAACGAGCUGGAAGUGCUGGAAGCUAGCACCUUCCAGUGCCUGCCUAACCUUCAGACUCUGAAUCUGGACUCCAACAAGCUCAGCAACGUGUCCCAGCAGACGGCGGAGACGUGGAUCUCCCUCACCACCAUCAGUCUGGCUGGGAACUUGUGGCACUGUAACCCCAACAUAUGCCCGCUAAUGUCCUGGCUCAAAGCCUUCAAGGGCAACAAGGAGACUACUAUGAUUUGUGCUAGCCCUAAGGAGGCCCAAGGAGAGAAAGUGACAGAUGUGGUGGAGACUUACAACAUCUGUACAGCAACUCUGACCCCAAUCCCCUCAACGACUUUGCCUCCCACUUCCCCUUUCCAGCCUGAAUUCCUGCCUCUUCCCACACAGCUGUGGGUGGAUAACGAGCUGACCCGGAAUAGGACGGCCUCGCCGCCUCCCUCCGAAGCCUCCCCCACCGUCCCCGUCCCCGACACUGACUACGUGUCCUUCCACAAGAUCAUCGCCGGCAGUGUGGCUCUUUUCUUAUCCGUGGCUAUAAUUCUGCUGGUGAUCUAUGUGUCAUGGAAGCACUAUCCCAGCAGCCUGAAACAGCUCCAGCAGCGCUCGGCGGUCAAGAAACGCCAGAAACAGGCGCGGCAGACAGAGCGCUCCUUUAACUCCCCACUGCAAGAGUACUAUGUGGACUACAAGCCCUCCCACUCAGAGACUAUGGAUAUGCUGGUUAAUGGGACGGGACCUUACACGUACACCAUCUCAGGCUCCAGGGAAUGCGAGAUACCACGGCAGCUGAAUCCCCUGGCUCUGUACAGGUGUGAGCAGUCAGUGCUGGAUCAGUGCCAUGCCCACCUGUCACUGCACCACAACGUGGGCAUGGAGCCCUCCACUCGGGCGCUGGGAGGUUCGGGACCAGCCUUGUACCACCCGGGCCUAAUGGCUGCCCUCCCCUCCGAGCCUGUGCUGCCUUGCCCCCAGACUCACUCCCACCACCGGUGAGCCGUGCACACCGAGAGGCUCUCAACUCCUGUAUUUGUGCAACACAGAGUCAGCGAACUGCUCAAAGGAAAUAAAAGGUUGUGUGGGAGGAAACUGGGACUGGUAACGAAGCAAAGGAGAGAGCUAAUCUACCGCAGAGCAUCCAGGAUCCAGGGUAAUGAAAAGAAAACAGUUUUUUUUAUCAGGAAUAAAAGGGGUGCAGCUGUAUUGAUCGGUGAGAAUCUGAUCUACAUGGCCCCACAUCUCCUCAAUUAGCAAAGGAGGCUGAUGAGUAACACGGCUCCCCAAGUCCUACGUUCCUGCCAGGGGGAAUAAGGAUAGUAUUUUAAUGAUUUGUUAAUCUUAAUAAACACAUUUCCUCGACUUCUCAUAAUCUUGGGCAGCUCUCCGCUGCGCAAGUAAUGAAAUGAUUAAUGCUACUUGCAGAGUCUGGUAGCAGAGCAAAUGAAAGAGUGGCCAAGCUGAAAGUUUCUUCUGCUCGACUUAACCCCCCCCCCCCCCGACUGGCAUCAUUUGUUUGUUUUUUAUCCAUAAAACCAGGGAAAAAAACAUAACAAAGAGUCUGAAUAUAGCAGACAGUAAAGGCUAAUUUAAAGUGUACAGCCUCCACAGAUUCAAGUCUGAUUUUUAUGCUAUUAUGAUGUGAUGUUGAACCCGUUCAGAUUCGUUCAUCACAGCGGAGGAACUUUCCACCAGGAAGCUGCACUGCGACACUUAGAUAUUUACUUUUCAUCGCUCAUUUAAAUCACUUUUGUGGUUAAUGGUUUUGGAUUCCAUAACGCCUUAUUAGACGAAUUAUCUAACUGUGCGCUCUUAAAGCUACAUGUGUGAUCUCUUUUUAUUUGUUUUUUUUACAAGACGUUGCAAUAUGCGGUAAAUAAAACUGUGGUAAAUGAUCAGUAACAGUGUCGUUCAUCAACAUGCUUCGACCCCAACAACUGUCUGCUGUGUUUAGACAACUGCGGAGGUGGGUGGAAGAACAGGAGCGCCGCGCUGGAGGCAAGACUGUUUAACAACAGUAUGUCUUGUUUUUGCAUUAGAGACUGACCCCCAAUGGUUACUCUUACUUGUUUUUUUUCUUCUUCUCCUGUGACUGUGUGACCGUUUUCUGAUGUAAUAAAGUAAACUGGACUCUAA